AUGGACGACGACGUAGACUACUACGAGCCACUCUCCAAGGCCAUGCAGACGAGCUUGAACCUAUGUCUCGAGACUAUCGUGGCUUCGCCAGCAGGGCAGGUCGCGCGAGCAGACGACCCCGAGCAACAUGCACACGAGACGAGGAUGCGAGACCUGCGUCGCCUAGACCGGCGUGUAGAUGAGAUGAACCAAGAGAUCACCAAGAUCAACGGAAUCACCGAGCUCAUGGCACCUAUCAAAACACUGAUCCAAGAAAAGGCCGCUCUCGCGGAUACUUUAUCCAAGACCAAGAGGGAUCUUGAGGCUUCCAACAGCUCCCACUCCAAGACCGAUGAGGAGCUGAAGGCUACCGAGAGCAAUCUUUCCAAGAUCAACGAGAAGCUCAAGGCUGCCGAGGAUACCAUCUCCGAGGCUAGCGACAGCCUGACCGUAGCCCAAAACCUAGCAGAGACUCGUCUCAAGAACUUCAACCUCUUGUUCAGCACAAAUACCAAGCAGUUUGAAGACCUUCGCGAGUGCCGGCAAAAGCUGAAAACGGAGAUGGAGAGCGGCGAAGCUACCAAGGAAGAGCUGGAGAAGGCCCAGGGCGUGCAGACGCACCUUGAUGGGCGGGUCUCGACGCUCGAGGGAGAACUCGAGACAACCAAGAACACGGCCCAGGGCGUGCAGACGACCCUUGAUAAGGCUAACGGGCGUGCAUCGACGCUUCAGAACCAGCUCGAGCUGUAUAAGAAAGAGGCCCAGGACGUGCAGACGUCUCUUGAAAGGCGUGUCUCAUCGCUCGAGGGAGAUCUAGAGGAAUCCAAGAACAGCGCCCAGGACGUGCAGACGCUCCUCAAUAAGGCCAAUGAGCGUGUAUCGACGCUCAAGGAACAGCUUACGACAUCCAAGAGCGAGACCCAGAGCGUGCAGACGUCUCUUGAUGAGGUUAAUGGGCGUGUAUUGACGCUCGAAGAAGAGAAGAAGAAGGCCGAGGAAGCGACCCAGAGCGUGCAGACGUCUCUUGAUGAGGUCAACAAGCGUGUAUCAACGCUUGAAGAAGAGAAGAAGAAGGCCGAGGAAGCGACUCAGAGCGUGCAGACGUCUCUUGAUGAGGUCAACAAGCGUGUAUUCACGCUCGGGGAGGAGAGGAAGAAGGCCGAGGAACGCUCCCAAGAUCUCGACCUGCAACUCAAGAAUGCGCAGGACUCUGCGUCUAGUCUCCAAGAAAAGGCCAACAAGUCCACGCUACACACCAAUGGCAUUGAGGGACAGCUCAGCAUUGCAGAACAGCGCAUCCGAGGACUCGAGGACGAGGGCGAAGAAACCAAGAAGCGCACCUCAGAGCUUGAGGCAAAACUCCGAGCUGCUACUGAAGGUCUCGAUGCGGCGAAAGGGCAGGCCGAGAAAGACAAGCUGGCACUCGAAGCGCUAGACAAGAACCUCCAAGACGAGAAGCGCAUCUCCAAGGACACCUCAGAUGAGCUCGGGACCUCCAAGCAGUCAGCCCUAGACUUCGAGCGUCGCGCCCAAGAUCUCACUACAAAGGUCCAAGAACGAGAGACUUCUCUCGGUGAGCUACAAAGGCAGGUUCAAGAGCUCCAAAAGGAAAAGGAAGAUGCCUCCAAGAAAAGCGACUCUCAGAAGCGCGACCAAGAAGCGCUCGAGAACGAUAUCCGAGUACUCAAGCAAGACCUCGAGGAGCAAAAGCAGAAGUUCGACAAGGAGAUGCAAGAGAAGAUCUCAGAAGUUGAAACGUCCGAGGAGACCAUCGCGGACCUAGAGGAUCGACUUGACAUUGCUGAAGAUAAAGACAAAACCAUCACGAAUUUGAAAGGAACGGCCGAGUUCUCCGAGUGGCGCAUCCGAAAGCUUGACGAGCAGGUUUCCAAGAAGAGCACACGCAUCACAGAACUUGAAGCCGAGGUCAAGAAAUCGAAGGCCGAGGAUACGAAAUCCAAGGCCUGCAUCCUCAAUCUCCAGCGGGACAGUAAUACCUCCGCGCAGAUGGCUGAGAUGGAUGCCCAGAACCUCCAAACCCAAGUCAAUGAUCUCCUAGCAGCCAAUGAGCGUCUUUGCACCGAGCAGGAUGCUCUAAAAACCAAGCUUCAGGACUCCAAGAUGCUUGCGCAAUCUCGCCUCGAAGGCAACACCUUUCUUCAAGGGUCAGUGUCACGCCAUGCGCAGCAAGUCCAAGAUCUGGAGGAAGAGGUCACGGAUCUCAAAGGAGUCAUCGGUACUGCCAAUAACCUAUUGGAUGAACGCGCUAUCGAGAUCCAAGAACUUCAAGGCUCGGCUGCUCAUGAGUCCGAGAACAUGACGGAGGUUCUUCAAGGUCACCUAGACGAACUCAAAAGGUGUCGCGAUGAUCACUCAGACGAACUCAAAAGGUGUCGCGAUGAUCACCUAGAAGAACUCCAACAGUGUCGCGAUGGCCACCUAGAAGAACUCCAACACUGUCGCGAUGAUCACCUAGAAGAACUCGAGGACACGGUUGCGGAUGCCGCGACUCAAGAAUACGUCGCCAAAACCGAGCAUAGGGCACAGAUCAACACCGUGGCCGGUGAAUACGAAGCCAGUUUGGACGAGCAAGAUAUGCUCUUCUCUGGUGAGCGCAACCGCCUAGCCGCCGAGUUUUCCACCGAGUUAUCACGGCAGCUCACCAAGCAACACCUAGAGCUCGGGGACAAGUCUGAGGAUCUCCUCUAUGCCGAGCAACUUCAAACUUCUCAAGCUCGGUCGGAUGCGGCCGUCUUCAAGAGGGAAGCUGAAGCGGCCAAGACCGAGAUCCAAGAGCUCAUCAACUGCAACAACGAGCAUGUUGAUGCGCGGAUGAGCCUCACGAAGACGGUCAUUGAGCAAAACGAGAUGCUCGAGUACUUCCAGAAGAAUGGCUGGUGA